UCAUUUCGCUUCACCUUAUUUGGUGAGAGCAGGGCAAAACAGGACACUCCCACCCCGACCACACUGCGGGGUGGUAGCCUUUCACUUCCCCUUUUCAGGCCAAUAAAUGUUCCUUCUCCUUCCCCAUCCACCUGGCGUCACUGUGCGCUUACCUUCCCCCUGAGCAAUGCUCCAGGCGGGCAGAAGUGGACAAAGCAGUGAGCUUAUAAAGAACUCACAACGGGCCAGGCACUGUACUGAGAACUGUGAUGCAUUAUUUUUUGCCUAACAGUAACGAGGCGAUUGUUAUCUCAUUUUACAGAUGAAGAAACUGAGACUUAAAGACGUUAAUUGAUCCUGCGCAUGGUCACACACCCACCAAAUGGCGAUGAGAAGAUUGGAAAUGAAGUCUGACUCCUAAGUCAGUGCAGCUCGCGGCCCCAUCGCUCACCUACUGCCUCUCAGAUCCAAAUUCUCAAAUCCCCUGCCUGCCCUUUCCACGUCCUGUCGUCGCCCUGGCCCCAACUGCGCCAGCUCCACCCUGGGCGCCCCGGAUACCCCGGGCGCCAAGCGCAGCGGCGGCAGAGUCGGGACUGGGGCGCCGGCAGGUGGGGCGGGCGAGGGGGCGGGGCGCGACCGGGAGAGGCAGGCCCCGGCGGGGGCGUGGCCGGAAGCUUUAAAGUGGCCGGGGCGGUGAGGCUGCGGGACGGGUGGUUGAAGCGGCGGUUCGCGGCGAUCGACUCCUUGCAUCUGAGCUGACCGUGCCGCCGUCACCAUGUCCCUGGCGGCCUCAGCGGGCCGGAGUCCGGGGGCCUUGUGGUCCCCAACCCAUGUGCAGGUGACCGUAUUGCAAGCUCGGGGCCUGCGGGCCAAGGGCCCCGGCGGCACGAGCGACGCGUACGCGGUGAUCCAGGUGGGCAAGGAGAAGUACGCCACCUCGGUGUCCGAGCGCAGCCUGGGCGCGCCCGUGUGGCGGGAGGAGGCCACCUUCGAGCUGCCGCCGCUGCUGGCCUCCGGGGUCGCACCCGCGGCCGCGGCCACCCUGCAGCUCACCGUGCUGCACCGCUCGCUGCUCGGCCUCGACAAGUUCCUGGGCCGCGCCGAGGUGGACCUGCAGGAGCUGCACCGGGACCAGGGCCGCAGGAAGACCCAGUGGUAUACCUUGAAAUCCAAACCAGGAAAGAAGGAUAAAGAGCGAGGAGCAAUUGAGGUUGACAUCCAGUUUAUGAGAAAUAACAUGACUGCUAGCAUGUUUGACCUUUCCAUGAAAGAUAAGUCUCGGAACCCAUUUGGAAAACUAAAAGACAAGAUCAAGCGGAAGAACAAGGAUAGUGCAUCAGAUUCUGCUUCUGCCAUUGUCCCCAGCGUGACGCCCUCAGCCGACAGUGAUGAUGAAUCUUCUACAAAAGAUAAGAGAAAGAAAUCAAAGAUCAAGACCUUGUUUUCCAAGUCUAAUUUGCAGAAAACACCAGUCUCUCAGUCCAUGUCCGUCCUGCCUACUUCCAAGUCAGACAGAGUGCUGCUUCGUCCUGGAGACUUACCGUCCCGGUGGGAAGAUGACGACAACGAGGAUGACUCCUCUUCCGCCUCAGACAUCAUGACUCACAAGAGAACACCAAGCGCAGAUCCCAAGCAACUGAACCAGAUCAACUUCAGCCUGUCCAAAAAGGAAGGACUCUCUUUUCUCGGUGGCCUUCGGUCAAAGAAUGACACCCUUUCCCGCUCUAACGUCUGUAUCAAUGGGAACCAUGUUUACCUGGAGCAGCCAGAAUCCAAGAGUGAGACCAAGGACAGUACCCCUUCCUCCUCCCCGUCCCCUCAGGGCUUCAACAGGAAGCGUUUAUUCUCAUCCACAGAAAAUCUCGCUCCCAAGUCUUGGAAGGAGCCUGGGGAAGCAGGUGGAGUGGCUUCUGACAGGCAGCUCUCUGAAUCUUCCACAAAAGACCCUUUGAAAUCCAUGUCUCUGCCAUCCUAUCGACCAGUGGUCAGCGGGGACACUGGGGGAAACACGGCCCCAGGGAACUUGGAGGCAGCAAAAGACACCAAAGAGAGCAAGAAGCAGGAGAACAAGAAGCCCUCUUUGCUUUCUCUGGUGACGGGAAAGAAGGACGUGGCUAAGGGCAGUGAAGGCGAAAGCCCUCCUACCAUCCCAGCAAAGGAGAAGGAAGGUGCACUCCCAGAAAUCAAACCAAGGGAGGAUGGGUCGGAGCCUGUUAAAGACCUUAUGAAAAAAUCAGAGAAAGACACUUCAGCUGUUGUCUCCGGAUGGGGUAAAUCUCUGAACCCCUUUGAAGAAAUGCAGACCACAGAACCAGCAGUUGAGCCAGAGCCCAAAUCUGAACCUAAGCCACCUGUCUUCUCUGCAAGGGCUCCCCAGACCAAAGCCGUCAAACCACGACUGGAAGUGUCUCCAGAGGCUCAACCCAAAGCCAGGCUUCCUUCUUCCCCUGACUUGCCUCUCUCUUUUCCUGCUCUCUCUUCUGGUUCUGGUCAGACCCCUCUCCCUACUGAACUGGGGAAUGAUUCAGAGACACAGUCCUCUGAAAGUCCUUCCGUCUUCUCUUCCUCAUCUCCCAUAGUGGCUCCCAUUUCCACAUCCACUCCUAUUGAAAGCUGGCCUUACACAGAUGAGGGCCAAGCCAGUUCUGAAGAACCAUCUUUACACCUUAAAGCAGAGUUGCAAAAGGAGAGUGUAACACAAGUUCCAAAUAAUACUUCUUCUGCCUCGGGAUCACUUUCCAAACAGCCACCUGAUCCAGUGUGUAAAGGGACAGAAGUCUCUCCAAUGGGGAAGACCAGGGAGGUAGAGACAGAGAAGAACACCAGCAAUGAGGAAUCAGAAAACCGUCUCCUGGAGCAGCCUGAUGUGGGGCAACAAGAAGAGGAGCUUCUGAGGUUUUCAUCCUCAGAACAAGACUACAUCCCUUUAUCUGAAGAGGCCCAAGAAAAAACAUUUGUCCUUUCAGUCAGAAGUGGCAGAAUUGAAAGCUCAGUGGGGAAGCCACAGAUGGGGGAAAACAAAGACUUUGAGACUCAGUCUAGAUCUUUGGUGGAAAACAAAGUUAAAGAAGGUGAGAUGACUUCUGCAAUUAAAGAAGUGGCACCCCCUCUUAAAAUGGAAGAAUCAGUCCCCCCACUUGACUCGGUGACACAGAAACAUGAAGAGAUGGGUCUGAAUCCCAGUAAAGACCAAAAGAAAGUCAAGAAGCGUGUGUCAUUUUCUGAGCAGCUCUUCACAGAAGAGGAGGUGGAGAAGUCCACUGGAUGGAUAGAAGAGGACAGAAGUAAUCCCCAGGAGCUGACCCGUGGAAGGGCUACCACUGAAAGUGUGUGUGACAGGGAGCCUUCUGAGUCUCCCCACACAGAAGACUCAGAGAGGGAAGGUGUGGCUGAACCUGGGCUGUUGGACUGUGGUGUGCUGGCUCCCAUGGCAGAUCAUGAGGAGAGUUUCUCAGAAGCCCUCAUGAGUGAAGCAAGCUCAGAGAAAGACACUGCACUCAUUAGGACUGAGGAAGAUGAUGCCCUUAUGGAACAAUAUCAGAGCAAAGCCAGUGAUCAUGAAGGCCUACUGUCUGAUCCCCUAAGUGAUCUUCCAUGUGCCGCAGAUGUUAAAUCUCUAGUCAUGGCCGAUCUGUACCUAACCCUGCCUUCCAUUCCUGAAGUUGCAUCGGAUGAUGAAAGAGUAGACCAGGUUGAAGGUGUCAGAGAGACAGUAAGGGUGGCAACUCUGGAAGUAGGAGCUUCCUCCUUAAGCAUAUUACCUCCCUGUCCUGAGAAGAAAAAGCGACCAAGUGGCAUGGGAGAUGGUCCCGCAGUACCUGCAGAGAGCCCGUGUGACUUCAGAUCCAAAGCACCCAAAGCCUCUGUUACAACUUCUUCAGAGCAAACUGCAGCUUUAGGAAUUCAUGAACCACAUCUUGGCAAGAGCUCAAGCUUGGAUAAACAGCUGCCAGGUCCUGGCGGUGGUGAGGAAGAAAAACUGGAGGGAAAUGGGAGGCCAAGCCAGCCUCCUGGCACGUCCCUGGACUCUCCCGUUUCCAGUCCUUCCCUUUCUGAGCCCUGUUCUGCCACACAGUCUGUCCCUAGCUCUCCACAUUCUAACACUCACCACAUUAGUACAGCAGAAUCUCCAAAAAAAGCAACAGCAGAGGGCUCCGCAGCUAAAGUUGACAAUUCUGGCAAGAGGAAGCCGCCUCUCCAGGCCUGGGUCUCACCCUCAGAGACACAGCCAGUCUCAGCUCAGCCAGGCACUGGAACUUGGUCAGCCAAGCACAGACUUCAUCCUGUGAAGCCAAUGAACACAACAGCCACGAAGGUUGCUAACUCCACCUUGGGAACUGCCACCAUCAUCAGUGAGAACUUGAUCAAUGAAGCCAUGAUGAAGAAACACAGCCCCUCGGACCCCACUUCUGCGUACUCCCAGCUGACCCAUGACGAGCUGGUCCAGUUGGUCCUGCAGCAGAAGGAAACAAUCAGCAAGAAGGAGUUCCACGUCCGAGAGCUGGAAGAGUACAUUGACAAUCUGCUGGUCAGAGUCAUGGAAGAAACCCCCAACAUCCUCUGCGUCCCAGCUCAGGUCGGCACAAAGGCGGGAAAGAUGUGAACCGCCAGAAUAAAGCACUGAAAUGGUUUUGUGAGUUUGUUGCCAGCUGCUCUCAAAGUCAAGGACUCAGUAUGCCCGAUAACCAGCAAACAGGCUCCAAAUCACUAUCUCCUUUGCAUGUUAUCUGGCAAGAGUCAGUUCUACCAGUUGAAGUCAGGUUAAUUAUUACAAUGAAGCUUUUCCUGGUAGGUUCCCAGGGUUUUAUUGUUAAAUGCCACUGUGCCUUUAACUAUGUUGUGACUAUUUUAUGCCCACCAGACACAUAGUCAUAAGAUCUGAUCCUGGGCCAGAGAUUCAGAUGGCACAGGAGGUAUUAGUGUAUUCUAACUCCAGGGUUUUCUUUCUUUGAUAUUGAAGUUUUAAAAUACAUAUCUUCCAGCCAUUAAAACUUAGGAUGAAAUCAGAAGGAUCGUGCUGGUGCUGUUACUCAUGCUUUCUUGGCUUGUGAGUAGGUCAGGUGUGACUUUCUCGUCACAGAUGCUAAAUUUUGAUACCAUGUAAACUCACGGGCUUCUCACACUCGGCUCUUGUUGGGUUAUUUUGUUUGUUUUUGACCAGAACAGAGGCGUUUAGGGAAAACCUCUGAGUGUGCCUUUUAGAUUUUGAACAAACUUCCUUUUCUAAUUAGCUUUCACUACUCUCCAACAUUAAAAUAUGCUCCAUGUAGGUUCAUGGUCCCUUCUACUGGAGAUAUGACCUGCAGACUAGGGAAUUAGAGAAUCACUUUUCCUUCAAUUAAGGGAAGCUGGUCAGAGUUCCCCUCUGGUGAUAGCAGCAUUCCUGCUGGCUAGAAUGGCCUAUUAAGUGCCUUGAUAAGGGCUUGGCUCAUCCAGGCACUUACAUAAACAGUUCUGUCAGGUAUGGAAUGACUUCAGUAGGAUUCCUUUGGCCAUUUCGUGAUGUCUUUGUUUGGCUGCCUGGUUUCCUUAGCAGCAUUUCCUGGAGGGGAACAGGGCCCACCAACUCCUCCCAGAUGAAGAAGCCCCUUGGUUGUGCAGGCCGUGGUGAGUCACGGGGUCAGACCCUGAGGGGCUUGAACUGGGUCCAUGUGGCUAUCCUCUGAAUUCUUCUUGGGCCUGCUGGAACAGAUACCCAGGCUACUUCCAGAACACAGGAAGUUGUGGUGAGGGGCUUAAUCUAGUAAAUACAAUUUAAAAGCCAGUAGAAGCAGAAAAGCUGCUGCUUUUUCAUUUUCCCUUCAUGAAGAGACUCAGACAUUCUUGUUAUCAAAUCGUGAAGAGCGGGAUGAUGGUACUUACUUUUGGAUUGCUGUAUUUUUUUCUUUUUUAAAUUAAUACACGCAUUUUUUUUAGGACACCUACCUUCUUCUUAAGUAAUAGCACCAGUUCAGGUUUUUCAGCUAACCUCAUUGCUAGUAACCUAGUCUUGAAAUCAGAACGUUUCCAUAUCGGUCAUCUUUUCUCCUGGGUGUGAUAGAAUCUCAUCAAAUCUUGACAUCUGCCCUGAGGAGAGAAGAUCACCGGCCAUUGGGGUGGGCAGGGGUGACAUGAUAGCAGUUAAUUAAUUGGGACUGUCUUCUAUGUACGUUGUUAUGUUGAGGCUAAGAGCAGAGAUGUGGGCAGUGGGAUCUCUUUUCAAGAUGCUUUUGACAGCAGCGUCGGUCACCUGGGAGCACUUUAAUCUGAAGGAUAUUACUGUAACUUGAUUUAUCUAAUUAGCCUUUAAUUGUCUACAGCUAUUUUAUUUAACACUCUCUUACAGUGUUGGGGACCAUUGUAAACUUCUCAGAUGACUUGUAUUUUUGUAGUGCUAGGAAAUAUAUUUACAUACCUAGACAGAAAACUGUUUAUUCACUUGAACUCUGAAAACGUACAUGUAUAUAUUUGUUCCAUAUUAUGUUUUUUACUUGAUACAAAUGUAUUUUUACUGUGAUAGCCCAAGCGUGCUAGGCGGCAGGUGUACACUGAGUGGCUUCUCUUCCUUGGGAGAGCCGGCAUGGAGGCCUGCGUUGUUCACGAGAGGGGAUUGGUCUGGAGAUACCUGCUGUUAGGACCUCGAGUCUGUUACUGAGUGUUUGAGAAGGACAUCUCUGGGUGGAGGAGUGAAUUUCUGUGCUCAGGAAUGCCACUUGGGAACUCUGGAGAAAGAAGGACACUUUACUUCAAGGGUCUCCGUCUCCUUCUACAGCUGGAAAAAAAUGCAGUCUGUAGCAUUCCUGCACCUCACUAUGUAGAUAGCCUGGAGGUCAUUCAGGUAAUAACUAUCCUUGAAGCACUGAUGACUGGGUGUGUCUAAGGGUACAAGCCUGGUGAGACAAGGAGAGAGCUAGGACUUGCCUCGAGCUGUUUAAAUGCCACCCUCACUGAUGCUCUGGGAGGAGGCUUGUGCUCUGUAGCACCAGGAGCGCCUUGCCAGCUACCUCCAGAAAGACCAGUCAGUACUUUCAGGAAGCAUCACAUUAAAUACCAAACACUACUCAGUCAACUUUAACUGGAGGCCAGCUUCCUGAAAAAAUGCCCGUCCUUUGCCCGAUUGUUGUAUAUCAUCUCAUUCCUGGGACUUUGACAAGUGUCCUGCCUCCCUUUAUCUCAAUGUGCUAACCUCAUCAGGGUAGCAGAGUGGAGGAGAAAGAAAGUGUGCUCUUCACCAUGCUGAACAGCGUUGACACUGAGUGGAGAGGUAUGAUGUGUGAAUGGGGUAAGUGUGGGGGGGUUCCAGCGUUGCUAACAGUAGGAGCUUAAAAGGGCAGAGAGGGAGCAAGGUCUGUGAUAGUUAGCCACUUAAUGUAUUGACAGCUAGAGGCAAUUUAAUGUUAAAUUAUGCAGGCCCACCCCUCCCUGGGCCUCUUCUCCCAGCCAACCUUUUUUGCUUUUUUAGAACUACUAGUUAAUGAUCCCUCAAGGCUGAAAGGUUAAUUGCCUUAGGUGGAGAACCUAACCUAGUAUCCACACCAACCUCAGCUCUGUGGUUUCUUGGUAUCAGCUAUGUGAGCUGCUGAAUUGGCCUCCUCCCGCAACUGAAGGAUCACCUAGCGUUUUUGGAUUCCAAAAUUAUUACUUUCCAGCUUUGUUACUUUGGGAACUUUGAAUUUCUUGGGUUUUGUUUUUGAGAAGUAACCUAAAAUUUCCUAGAACACUAAAUAAAAUGGUACUAC